AUGUCUGAUAAGAUGUCCAGUUUCCUACACAUCGGGGACAUCUGCUCCCUGUAUGCAGAGGGCUCCACCAACGGCUUCAUCAGCACUCUGGGGCUGGUAGAUGACCGCUGUGUGGUACAGCCCGACACAGGGGACCUAAACAACCCCCCAAAAAAGUUCAGAGACUGUCUGUUCAGGUUGUGUCCAAUGAAUCGGUACUCUGCUCAGAAACAGUUCUGGAAGGCAGCGAAACCUGGAGGAAACAGCACCACGGACACAGUCCUCCUCAACAAACUCCAUCAUGCAGCAGAUUUGGAAAAGAAGCAAAACGAUUCGGAAAAUAAAAAGUUGCUCGGAACGGUGAUUCAGUAUGGGAACGUCAUUCAGCUCCUCCAUUUGAAGAGUAACAAGUACUUGACUGUGAACAAGCGUCUCCCAGCGCUGCUGGAGAAGAACGCCAUGAGAGUGAUGCUGGACACGGCCGGGAACGAAGGCUCCUGGUUCUACAUUCAACCCUUCUACAAGUUGCGCUCCAUAGGAGACAGUGUGGUGAUAGGGGACAAAGUGGUCCUGAACCCAGUGAAUGCUGGCCAGCCCCUACAUGCCAGCACCCAUCAGCUAGUGGACAACCCAGGAUGUAACGAGGUGAACUCGGUCAACUGUAACACCAGCUGGAAGAUUGUGCUGUUCAUGAAAUGGAGUGACAAUCAGGAGAUCAUUCUAAAAGGGGGCGACGUGGUGCGCCUGUUCCAUGCGGAACAGGAGAAGUUCCUCACCUGUGACGACCACCGUAAAAAACAAUAUGUCUUCCUGCGCACCACCGGACGUCAGUCGGCUACCUCGGCAACCAGCAGCAAAGCCUUAUGGGAGGUGGAGGUGGUGCAGCAUGAUCCAUGUCGAGGCGGAGCUGGCUACUGGAACAGUCUGUUCAGGUUCAAACACCUGGCCACUGGACACUACCUGGCUGCAGAGGUGAACCCUGACUAUGAGGAGGAGUGCCUGGAGUCCCGCUCCUCACUGGACUCUGAGCAGGUCGACCUCCGCGCCCGCCUCAGGAACCCCCAGGAGAAGGUCAUGUAUACCCUGGUGUCUGUCCCUGAAGGCAAUGACAUCUCCUCCAUUUUUGAGCUGGACCCUACCACUUUGAGAGGGGGGGACUCCCUGGUACCCAGGAACUCAUAUGUGAGGCUCAGACACUUGUGCACCAACACAUGGGUCCACAGCACUAACCACCCCAUCGACAAGGAAGAGGAGAAACCGGUCAUGUUACGUAUCGGCACAUCUGCACUGAAAGAAGACAAAGAGGCGUUUGCCAUCGUACCCGUCUCGCCCGCUGAAGUCAGAGAUCUUGACUUUGCCAAUGAUGCCAGUAAAGUUUUGGCGUCCAUCGCAGGCAAACUGGAGAAGGGCACCAUCACUCAGAACGAGAGGAGGGCGGUGACCAAGCUUCUGGAGGACCUGGUGUUCUUCGUGGUGGACAUCCCCAAUAAUGGCCAAGAUGUUUUGGAAAUCAUGGUCAACAAGCCCAACCGAGAGAGACAGAAACUCAUGAGGGAACAGAAUAUCCUCAAACAGAUCUUCAAGCUACUGCAGGCUCCAUUCACAGACAGCGGGGAUGGGCCCAUGCUGCGAUUGGAGGAGCUGGCUGACCAGCGCCACGCCCCUUUCAGGCACAUCUGCCGCCUGUGUUACCGUGUGUUACGCCACUCCCAACAGGACUACCGCAAGAACCAGGAGUAUAUAGCCAAGCAGUUCCGCUUCAUGCAGAAGCAGAUAGGUUAUGAUGUCCUGGCUGAGGACACUAUCACAGCUCUGCUCCACAACAACCGCAAGCUGCUGGAGAAACACAUCACCGCUGCAGAGAUAGACACCUUUGUCAGCCUCGUCAGGAAGAACCGGGAGCCCAGGUUCCUGGACUAUCUGUCAGACCUGUGUGUGUCUAUGAACAAAUCCAUCCCGGUGACACAGGAGCUCAUCUGUAACGCAGUCCUGGACCCCACCAACGGAGACAUCCUUAUAGAGACCAAACUGGUGCUGUCCAGGUUUGAGAUCGAGGGAGCGUCCAUCGGGGAGAAUUCUGUGGAGUCUGAGGAGGACGAAGAGGAGGUGUGGCUGUUCUGGAAGGACCGUAGUAAGGAGAUCAGAAGUAAGAGCAUCAGAGAGCUGGCCCAAGACGCCAAGGAGGGCGCCAAGGAGGACCAAGAGGUGGUCAGCUACUACAGGUACCAGCUGAACCUGUUUGCGAGGAUGUGUCUGGACCGUCAGUACCUGGCCAUCAAUAAGAUCUCUGGCCAGUUGGACGUGGAUCUGAUCCUGCGCUGCAUGUCUGACGAGGAUCUGCCUUACGACCUGCGCGCCUCCUUCUGCCGCAUGAUGCUGCACAUGCACGUGGACCGCGACCCCCAGGAACAGGUCACGCCCGUCAAGUACGCCCGCCUCUGGUCCGAGAUCCCCUCCGAGAUCGCCAUUGACGACUAUGACAAUGACGGGACGUCCAAGGAUGAGAUCAAGGAGUGUUUUGCCCUGACCAUGGAGUUUGUCGAGAACUAUCUUAGAGACGUGGUGUGUCAGAGCUUCCCAUUCGCCGACAAGGAGAAGAACAAACUCACCUUCGAGGUAGUGAAUCUAUCUAGGAAUCUUAUCUACUUUGGCUUCUACAACUUCAGUGACCUGCUGAGGCUGACCAAGAUCCUGCUGGCCAUCCUGGACUGUGUCCACGUCAGCACCAUUUUCCCCAUCAACAAGCUGGAGAAGGGAGACGAGACUAAAGGCAGUAACGUGAUGCGCUCCAUCCACGGGGUGGGGGAGCUGAUGACUCAGGUAGUGCUCAGAGGAGGGGGGUUCCUGCCCACCACCCCCAUCAACCCACCCGACGGGGACCAGGUCAAGACCCAGACAGAGCCAGAGAAACAGGACAUCCUGGUCAUGGACACCAAGCUCAAGAUCAUAGAGAUACUACAGUUCAUUCUGAAUGUGCGUCUGGACUACCGGAUCUCCUGUUUGCUGUGUAUCUUUAAGAGGGAGUUUGAUGAGAGCAACUCCCAGUCAGAUCUGUCUAUAGCAGGAACCCAUGAGGGACCAAACAACAUGCCAGGAGCUCUGGACUUUGAGCACAUAGAGGAGCAGGCAGAGGGGAUAUUUGGUGGAAGUGAGGAGAACACCCCGUUAGACCUGGAUGACCACGGUGGUAGGACCUUCCUGAGGGUCCUUCUCCACCUGACCAUGCACGAUUACCCUCCCCUGGUGUCCCGAGCCCUCCACCUGCUCUUCAGACACUUCAGUCAGAGACAGGAGGUCCUACAGGCCUUCAAACAGGUCCAGUUGCUGGUGACCAGUAAGGAUGUAGAGAACUACAAGCAGAUCAAGUCAGACCUGGACCAGCUACGCUCCAUUGUAGAGAAGUCUGAGCUGUGGGUCUACAAGAGACAGGGGCCAGAUGAGGGCAUGGACGCUGGGGAGGGCUCUGCAGAGUCUCAACACAAGAAGGGUGACUCCAACUCGGGUGGCUCAGACAAGCCAAAGAAACCAGAGAGCACCAGGAGCUACAACUACAGAGUGGUGAAGGAGAUUCUGCUGCGUCUCAGCAGGCUGUGUGUUCAGGAGGGUCUGUCAGGCAGGAAGAGUAAGAAGCAGCAGCAGAGACUCCUCAGGAACAUGGGAGCUCACACCGUGGUGCUGGAGCUACUACAGAUCCCCUACGAGAAGGGGGAGGACGUGCGUAUGCAGGAGAUCAUGAAGCUGGCCCACCAGUUCCUGCAGAACUUCUGUGCAGGGAACCAGCAGAACCAGGCUCUGCUCCACAAACACAUCAACUUGUUCCUCAAUCCAGGGAUCCUAGAGGCUGUCACCAUGCAACAUAUCUUCAUGAAUAACUUCCAGCUGUGCAGUGAGAUCAACGAGCGCGUGGUACAGCACUUUGUCCACUGCAUCGAGACGCACGGCCGCAACGUCCAGUACCUCAAGUUCCUGCAGACCAUCGUCAAGGCCGAGAGCAAGUUCAUCAAAAAGUGUCAAGACAUCGUCAUGGCUGAGCUGGUGAACGCUGGCGAGGACGUGCUGGUGUUCUACAACGACCGUGCGUCCUUCCAGACCCUGGUCACAAUGAUGCGGUCGGAGCGAGACCGUAUGGAUCAGAACAGUCCUCUGAUGUACCACAUCCACCUGGUAGAGCUGCUGGCUGUCUGCACUGAGGGAAAGAAUGUCUACACUGAGAUCAAAUGUAACUCUCUGCUGCCUCUGGACGACAUAGUGAGGGUGGUCACCCACGAGGACUGUAUCCCUGAGGUGAAGAUAGCCUACAUCAACUUCCUGAACCACUGCUACGUGGACACGGAGGUGGAGAUGAAGGAGAUCUACACCAGCAACCACAUGUGGAAGCUCUUUGAGAACUUCCUGGUGGACAUCUGCAGGGUGUCCAACAACACGAGUGACCGCAAACAUGCCGACACGGUCUUGGAGAGCUAUGUGACCGAGACGGUCAUGAGCAUCGUGACCACCUUCUUCAGCUCACCCUUCUCCGACCAGAGCACCAGCCUGCAGACCAGGCAGCCAGUGUUUGUACAGCAGUUACAGGCAGUGUUCAGAGUGUACCACUGUAACUGGUUGGUCCCAAUCCAGAAGGGCUCAGUGGAGAGCUGUAUCAAGGUGCUGUCUGACGUGGCUAAAGGGCGAGCCAUAGCCAUCCCAGUGGAUCUGGACAGCCAGGUGAACAACCUGUUUGUGAAGUCCAACAACAUCGUUCAGAAGACAGCCAUGUCCUGGAGAAUGUCUGCCCGUAACGCUGCACGCAGAGACUCAGUACUGACCACCUCCCGAGACUACAGGAACAUCAUCGAGAGACUGCAGGACAUAGUGUCAGCUCUAGAAGACCGCCUGCGUCCGUUGGUCCAGGCUGAGCUGUCUGUCCUAGUGGAUGUACUGCAUCGGCCCGAGCUACUCUUCCCUGAGAACACUGACUCCCGCAGGAAGUGUGAGAGUGGCGGCUUCAUCUGCAAGCUGAUCAAACACACCAAGCAGCUUCUGGAGGAGAAUGAAGAGAGGCUGUGUAUCAAGGUCCUGCAGACCCUCCGAGAGAUGAUGACCAAAGACAGAGGAUACGGAGAGAAGGGUGAGGCGUUGAGGCAGAUUCUAGUGAACCGUUACUAUGGCAACUUCCAUAGUAGGAGUGGUGGGCGGAGGGACAGCCUGACUGCCUUCAGCAACGGAACCCUGGUUCCAGUAGGGCCCAGCAAGAGCCAAUCAGGCCUAGGUGGUCCGGGAGCCCUGAGUCGAGGGGAGAUGAGCCUGGCAGAGGUGCAGUGUCACCUGGACAAGGAGGGCGCCUCCGACCUGGUCAUCGACCUCAUCAUGAACACCACCAGUGACCGUGUCUUCCAGGAGAGCAUCCUAUUGGCCAUCGCCCUGCUGGAGGGUGGAAACACCACCAUCCAACGUUCCUUCUUCUGCCGUCUGACGGAGGACAAGAAGUCUGAGAAGUUUUUCCGGGUGUUCUACGACCGGAUGAAGCUGGCCCAGCUGGAGAUCAAAGCCACUGUGACAGUCAACACCAGCGACCUCGGCAACAGAAAGAGGGAUGACGACGCCCCCGACAAAGAAGUGCCCAUCCGCAAGAAAGCCAAAGACUCAGCGGUGGUGGUGACAGAGGAAGCGAGAGAGCAGCUGCUGGAGGCCUCGUCGGCCACUAAGAAAGCCUUCAACUCAUACCGCCGUGAGGCUGACCCAGAGGACCACUUCUCGGCGGCCGACGGCACGCCCAGCACCGGGAACAAGAGCCAGGAAGAAGGAGAGAUGAGCUUCAUCAUUGUCAUCAUGCAGCCUAUCCUGCGCUUCCUCCAGCUGCUCUGUGAGAACCACAACCGAGACCUGCAGAACUUUCUGCGGUGUCAGAACAAUAAGAACAACUAUAAUCUGGUGUGUGAGACGCUGCAGUUCCUGGACUGUAUCUGUGGCAGCACCACGGGAGGCCUGGGUCUACUGGGCCUCUACAUCAAUGAGAAGAACGUGGCUCUCAUCAACCAGACAGUGGAGAGCCUGACCGAGUACUGCCAAGGACCCUGCCACGAGAACCAGAACUGCAUCGCCACCCAUGAGUCCAAUGGCAUUGACAUCAUCAUCGCCCUGAUCCUGAAUGACAUCAACCCACUGGGGAAGAAGAGGAUGGACCUGGUGCUUGAACUCAAGAACAAUGCCUCCAAAUUGUUGUUGGCUAUCAUGGAGAGUCGCCAUGACAGUGAGAAUGCUGAGAGAAUCCUGUACAACAUGAGACCUAAGGAGCUGGUGGAGGUGAUCAAGAAGGCCUACCUGCAGGGAGAGGUGGAGUUUGAGGAUCCCGAAGAGGACGACGACAGCGGGGAGGAGGAGGAGCAUGAUGCUGCCUCCCCCAGGAACGUGGGCCACAACAUCUACAUCUUGGCCCACCAGUUGGCACGCCACAACAAGGAGCUGCAGGUGAUGCUGAAACCAGGAGGGACCAACGGAGAGGGAGACGAGGCUCUGGAGUUCUACGCCAAACACACUGCUCAGAUAGAGAUUGUGCGUCAUGACCGAACCAUGGAGGAGAUAGUGUUCCCUGUGCCCAACAUCUGUGAGUUCCUGACCUGUGAGUCCAAACUCAGGGUGUACUACACCACUGAGAGGGACGAGCAGGGCAGCAAGAUCAAUGACUUCUUCCUCAGCGCAGAGGACCUCUUCAAUGAAAUGAACUGGCAGAAGAAACUAAGAGCCCAGCCCGUGUUGUACUGGUGUUCCAGGAACAUGUCAUUCUGGAGUAACAUCUCCUUCAACCUGGCCGUCCUCAUGAACCUCCUGGUGGCCUUCUUCUACCCCCUGGAGGGUUUGCGUGAAGGUACCCUGGAGCCCCGCCUGUCUGCCCUGCUGUGGGUGGGCAUGUUGGCAUUGUUGGCCAUUGUGGUGGCCAUGCCCCAGCCCCUGGGGGUCCGAACCCUCAUCAUCGCCACCAUCCUCCGCCUCAUCUUCUCCGUGGGCCUGCAGCCCACCCUGUUUCUGCUGGGAGCAUUCAACGUGUGUAAUAAGACCAUUUUCCUGAUGAGUUUUGUGGGGAACAGAGGGACGUUCACACGGGGCUACAAGGCCAUGAUCCUGGACGUUGAGUUCCUCUACCACCUCAUGUACCUCAUCAUCUGUAGCCUGGGGGUCUUUGUCCAUGUCUUCUUCUACAGCCUACUGCUCUUUGACCUGGUGUACAGGGAGGAGACUCUACUGAACGUGAUAAAGAGUGUGACCCGUAACGGUCGCUCCAUCGUACUGACAGCAGUGCUGGCCCUCAUCCUGGUCUACCUGUUCUCCAUCGUGGGGUACAUCUUCUUCAAGGAUGACUUCAUCCUGGAGGUGGAUCGCAUCCCCAACACCACCCUGGAGAACGAAGCCAGUUUGGCCAAUGAGCUGGUGUCUGCUGGGAUGUGUCGGUCUGAGACUGGAGAGAACAACUGCACCACAGAGCUCCAAGUGGAAGACUUUGUGGAGGACAUGGAGGAUGGCAAGGAGCGUACGUGUGACUCUCUGCUCAUGUGUAUCGUCACUGUGCUGAGCCAUGGCCUGAGGAGUGGAGGGGGGGUUGGAGACGUCCUGAGAAAGCCCUCCAAAGAGGAGCCUCUCUUUGCGGCCAGGGUGAUUUACGACCUGCUCUUCUUCUUCAUGGUCAUCAUCAUUGUCCUCAACCUCAUCUUCGGAGUCAUCAUCGAUACCUUUGCAGACCUGAGGAGUGAGAAACAGAAGAAGGAAGAGGUCUUGAAGACCACCUGCUUCAUCUGUGGUCUGGAGAGAGACAAGUUUGACAACAAGACGGUGACAUUUGAGGAGCACAUCAAGGAGGAGCACAACAUGUGGCACUACCUGUUCUUCAUAGUGCUGGUCAAGGUGAAGGACUCCACAGAGUACACCGGCCCCGAGAGCUACGUCGCAGAGAUGAUCAAGGAGCACAACCUGGACUGGUUCCCACGGAUGCGUGCAAUGUCGCUGGUGAGCAGUGAUGCAGAGGGCGAGCAGAACGAGAUCAGGAACCUGCAGGAGAAGCUGGAGUCGGCCAUGAGGCUGGUGUGUAACCUGUCUGGACAGCUCACGGAACUCAAGGAGCAGAUGACGGAGCAGAGGAAACAGAAGCAGAGGAUUGGGCUCCUGGGCCACCCCCCUCACAUGAAUGUCAACCCCCAGCAGCCAGCCUGAGGAGGACCGUUGUGGAAACAACCACCACCCACCACCUCCCAGGACCCUAACCCUAACCCAGGACCACUCACACAAAGGAGAGGCCGACCUUACAGUGUCUAAGAACUUAUUUUUCUGACAAUCUACGAAGGGUACAGGAGUAUGCCAAAGUUGAUAGUGUCCCUGACACUACUAUGGGCUUUAUGUGUAUGAAGGGAUUUAUGUGUGAAUGUGUGCAGAAUGCCUUAAAGGGCCAAUCUGCAGUUGAAACAAUAUCAAAGCUGCCACCCCAACUCUGUUUUGGUAAAAAGCUGAGGGAUACAUGCGGUAAAGAGGUCAAUCAAACUUGACCAAAACAAUAGAAAUGCCACUGAAACGCGUGGGGGAAAGAUCCCAAAUCCCCUCAUUGCCUCAAUCAAAAUUAGCCUAAAUUUAAGCUAUUGUUUACAUGUGUAUUUCACACUAUGUUUAGGUAAAAAUCUGAGUAUAAUGCUUGUAUGGCUGUCAACCCCAAUACUUGUUUAUGUCAUUGUCUCGAAUCAACUGCAUUACAGUUAAAAAGGACUUUGACUACCACCACUGAUUUCUGUAUGCUAGCUAUGCUACCAGCUUAUACGAACAGGAGUUAGCGUUUAGCAGUAGCUUCUUCUAAACCUGAAAAGGGACCAUUUCUAAAUAUUAUGAGGCGAAAACAGCCAAAUAUAUCCAAAUGGCACUUUAGUAAGCACAUUGUGGGCCUAUUACAAUGCAUAAAUCAUGACGGAUUUGACGAAUAUCCACUUUGCUAGAUCAGAUUUGUUGGAUUUGCGCCAAUCCAGCAUCCUUCUAUCCCCCACCAUCUGCAUUCCAUUGACCUCUUUACUGCAUCUAUGGGCCUGGAGAAAUGUAACCUCUCUUAAAUUCAUAGACAGAGCUAUGGAUUCAAGGACUGACCAUCCAUGAUAUCAAAUGUAUAGUUUUAACCAUGUUUUGAGGCUACACAGUGUUUGUUUACAUUUACAUUGUUUACAAACAUUGGAGUAAAACAAUCUGAUAUUUUGGGCUCUGAUGGGGUACGACCGUUGAACUAAGCUCAUGAGGUAUUUAUAAGUCAUAUUCUUCAAAAAUCAAUGGGUUUAUACCAUUAAUAUAGGAGUCUAAAAAUGGAUGUAGCAACUGCAGAUUUCCCCUUUAAUCAACACUAAGUUAUGAAGUUAGUACACAUUAGGAGAUGGGGUAUAUGCAUGUAGUGUACUGAGUAUGUACUGUGCAUAGUGCACAUGAGUUUGAGUGUGUGGAUGGGGAAUAUAUGGAGUGUGCCAGAGUGCCCUUGAACUUAAGAAGAAGGAACCAGUUGUGUUAGUUUAGGUCGUAAAAAGUGAUAUUGCCUUAGGUUGUCAUACUACCCUUAAUGCCUUGUCCAUCUUCCUCACCACUUGGAAUGGGUGACAAUGGUUCUGCUCUCCCAUGGCCUUGAUGUAUUUUGUGAACUUGAAGUCUCAGACAAUUGCACAAUAGGACUCAUGAGAGCACUGGGACACUCAUGUUGAAGGAUGCUUUCCUGUUGUUUUGUGUUUGAAACCUGGUGGGCAAACAAUAAUUAAUAUCUUAUUUUUGUACGAGGUGCAAUAUGAAUACUUUACAAUAUGCAACCACAAAUUUGUUUUAUGUGUACAUAAUGUCUGAGGGAGAUGGAAUUCUUAUAAUUUUUUAUAUAUAAAAUAAUGGUGGAAUAGAGUUGUGAUCACCUUUACGAUUUUUUCCCUCAAUAUAUUUAGACCAAUGUUGUCCCACAAAUGAGACAAUUAUAUAUGUUUGUCAAAAGAUAAUUCAACCCAAAAUCCAUUGGCACAGCAUGGGUAUUUUGCUAAAGCCAGGAGUGUUGGCUUUCAAACACUUUAUAUGAGUUUGUGUGCAUAUAUACUAUAUAUGUUUAUUUUCUUAUAUUCGGAUUCGAAGGUAUCUGAACAUUACAGGAAGCUUUAAGAAUGAGGCAUAUGUUUGAGGUUAUGUAUUUGUGAUGUCCUCAGGCUCCUGAAGUGUAUUUGCCUGUUUGUACGUCCCCUGAAGAUGGUUCUUGUGAGCACUGGUAUGUACUUGAGCACUAUGAGGGGGGUGUACACCCAUAUAGCAGUUGAUGUGGAAAGCCAAGAAGGAGUCACACUGAAGACGUCACCACAUGUAAAAGUGUUGGUAUUGCUUAUGUCAUACAUUGGGAGCACACUAAACAACUAAGUGAGAAUGUUUUUUUCUCCUUGUUUUGAUAUGUUGGCACUGAAUGACAUUCUGACAGUCUCUUAUAUUUUCAUCAAUUUCUACUAUGUGCUGAUUUUUGUUAUUAUCGCUAGUUUCUUAAGUCUACUUGUCACUUUGUUUUGUGAAGGGCCUUCCGUGAAGAGAGGUGUCCUGGUUUGAUUGCAGUGUUCAUGUAAAGAAAUCAGAGUACUAAUAUAAAAGAUUUUGAGUGCUGUUUGACCAAAGUCUCAUUUAAGCCUUUAAUACUACUAUAUAAAACAAGCUGUCUAAAAUGUACAUUCCAUUCUUUAAAAGUCUAUUUAAUAAAGAUGUGUGAAAAAAAUCA